AGACAGAUAUAUUGAAAAAAUAAUAAUAAUAAUAAAAAAACUUGAUCCUUGAUGGCAAUGUGUGACUGCUGUUCUUCUUGUUGUUAGAUCAUAAGAAAGUUGCAGAUCUUGAAUAUCAAUAGCUACAACAGACAGAAAUCAAACAUCAGAGUGAAAAGCAGAUUACCAUGAUGAACAUCUCCUCCAGCAGUAGCACUAGUUGCUUCGACUAUGCUUUAGAUUAUCUGGGCUGGCUUGAAGAGAAUUUUUGGAGAGAGGUGAGCUGGCUGUUGCAUCCUCAGAUCCUGAAGCUGAAGGUGGGGAUACGUCUAUUGAAAACCUUUGAUAUGUAUAUUAGAAAGUGUAGGAGGAGGAGUAACCAGGGAACGUGUUUGGGAUAUGAUAAGGAGAACAGGGGUGAUGCUAAGUCUGACAGUUUGAGACUUAGCAGUAUUUCAUACAUGAUUCAAGAUCUAGUUAUGGUGAUACCGCAGGGACUUCACUCUGCUAUUGUUAGAUACAAUCAAUCUGGUGCUUCAGAUCUUAGUGUCAUCGAUUGUGAGCUCGCUAAACUUGCGGAAAAUAUGAGGUGUUUUCCUGAAAUAGAUAUUGAGGAAUUCAACAUCACCAGUUUGUUGCUCUACUACUCACUGGGAGAUUCACAACUAGUUGUGGAUUUCAUUGAUUCCAUUUCAGAGAAUCUGAGGUAUCUUUGCCGCGUAGAAGAUGAAGUUGACGAAGCUCAGAGAAUUGUACUGAAAAUUCUUGAAAAGAAGCUAAUGUUCUUGAAGAGUUUCAUUGGUUUUGCCACACUUCAAGGUUGUGAGGUUCAGCAAUCAAAAGAUCUGUUGGUCCACGUCGAAGUUGCGGCUGUCAAUGCUGCAAGCCUGAUGUGUAGAUACUGGUUUCAGAUAAAUAAUGAACAAGUUCACAAUGAGAUGAAACCUGAAAUUUUCGAACUGAUACACAAGAAGAUUGAUCCCAUUGACCCCCAGGUCCGAGAAAUGUAUAUCAAUGUCUUGGCAGCUUCCAAGUUAUCAAGAUCGUCCUACACUUUCACUAUGAAGGAGAAUAAGCAUCUUGUGACUGAAUUUAUUGAUAAUCUCCUGCAGAGUCUUAUGGAGCUAUUAGAAUCUUAUACAAGUUUCCUAGUUCCAGUGAAGGAUCAAAUGUUAAAACUCCACCAGGGACUAAGAUUCCUGGUUAUCUUUCUUAGCGGGCAGCAGGAGAAGUUCGAUGAGCUAAAUGAUGAAAUGAAGGAUCUAAUUGGAGUUGUGGUCUCUGAUGCAGGUAUUGUGAUUUUCUCCCUUUCUGUGAACGAAAUGAAAGAAGGGUUGCACAUGGAAACAGAUCUGGCACUUUCUCAUUUGCUCGAAGUGCUCAAGUUGAUCAUUGCUGAAGUUGGACACAUUUAUUCAGUACCAUCAUCAUCAUCAUCACUUACUUUCCCUAGGACUAAUGAGCUCGGCUCUCUUGAUUCUCUUCUAGAAACUCUCAAGGAACUAGCAAGCUCUACAGCUGCUUCAAUUGCUUUCCCAAACGAUCAAAUACGCACAAUCCUAGAAGAUCUUGUAUUCUUAAGAUCUUUUCUAGGAAAUGUUGUGGAGCAGCGCAAACGGAAUGAAAAACUCCAAGCUCUUUGGAGUCGUGUCAUGAAGGUUGCUUACAGUGUAGAACUACAAGUUGACUCUGCAUUGGUUAGUGAUCAACAUGAACAUUGUCCGGAUGCUGUUGCUAGAGAUAUCAAGCUUAUGAAGAUAGAGGCUGAAGAGAUCUAUGAUAGCAUAAGAUAUGAUGGUGAAACUCAGAGGCUAACCAAGACUACCGUUCACAUGCCAUCACAAGUUACUGCUCCAUCAUUUAAUGAAGCUCUGGUAGGUCUCAAUGAUGAGGUAGAAAGUAUAAUUGAUAGACUUACGAGAGGAUCAAGCUGGUUCGAUGUUGUUGCCAUCGUGGGUAUGCCUGGGCUUGGUAAGACAACUUUAGCCAAUAAUGUCUUCGGUCAUCCUUCAAUAAAGUUCCACUUCCAUAUUUGUGUUUGGUGUACUGUUUCUCAAGUAUAUAGCAAGCACAAUUUGUUACUUCAGAUUUUGAGUGUUAUUGAUUCUAACUGCUCUGACCAAUGCCAUAAGAAGAAUGAAGAUGAUUUGGCUCAAAUGUUGUACCAACGUUUGAAAGGAAAGAGGUAUGUCAUUGUUUUGGAUGAUGUUUGGGACAUUGAUGGGUGGAAUUUGUUGAAACACUCAUGGCCAGAUGACUGCAAUGGCAGCAGGAUACUCUUAACCAGCAGAUUUCAGAAUUUAUCAUUGCAAAUUAAACCUGAUAGCCAGCCCCACCAUCUUCGCCCACUUACCGAUAAGGAGAGUUUUGAAUUGCUGCAGAAGAAGCUAUUUGCCAAAGAAGAUUGUCCUCCAGCAUUAAGGGAAGUUGUACAGCACGUAGCAAAAGACUGCAAGGGCCUACCUCUCACCAUUGUCCUCGUUGCUGGAAUUCUCGCUACUACUGAGCAAGAUUGCUGGGAAGAAGUUGCAAGACGUCUAAGGUCUAGCAUUUUUGCUGACGAUGAGCACUGCAUGAAGACAAUUGAGCACAGUUACAAUUAUUUACCAGAUUAUUUGAAGCCAUGCCUUCUUUAUUUUGGUGCAUCUCAAGAAGAUAAAGACAUUCCUGUCAGAAAGUUGUUAUGGCUUUGGAUGGCUGAAGGAUUCGUGCAAAAAACUGAAGGAAAGAGUUUAGAGGAUGUGGCAGAUGGCUAUUUGAUGGAUUUGAUUGGGAGAAGUUUAGUUAUGGCUACCCAGCAAAGAUCUUUAGGUGGGAUCAAAGCUUGCCGAGUUCAUGAUUUGGUACGUGAGUUUUGUGUGGCAAAAGCAAGAGAAGAAAGUUUUCUACAAAUUUCACAUGGGGAUGAUCAUCUUACUUUUAUUGGACAGUGUAACCCCCACCGACUAGCUAUUUACCCUACUACGAGUCAGGGACUCAAAAAGUCAAUGCUAUUUUUCCCCAAUUUGCGUUCCUUGCUCUUCUUUGAUGAUGAUUAUGAAUCUAAAGCGGAACAGGGUGAAAUUUGGUUCAAACUUCUAUCAUCUAAACUUAUUAGAGUGUUGGAUUUGGGUUACAAUUUGGCUUUUGGUAGAUAUUUUUCAGAGAAAGUAGAAGUAUUCUUUGUUCACUUGAGGUACUUGAGCAUUAGCUGGCAUGAUAAGGAUCGUAUCCCAUCUGAAAUCGCCAACCUCUCAAGGUUAGAAACAUUUUUCAUAAAAACCUAUGAAAGGUGCAUUUUGUUACCAAACACUAUCUGGAACAUUAAAACAUUGAGGCAUCUUGUCGUAUCAUCUUAUGGAAGUGGUUUCGAAUUUCCCAUCGACAAUCUAUACAUUAAAAGUUCCCGGUGUGGUUUUCGUUUUCCUGCUGACAGUCUUGCCGGCUCCCCGGAUUUAAAACAUUUAGACACUUUAACCCUUGCAAUUGAUUCCUCUCCUCAAAGCUUGCAAAAGACACUGACAAAGAUUCCGAGCAUCCGCAGGCUAAAAUGCGUGGAUGUCCAUGACGGAGUGCACGUUGGUAUUCUCGUGCUGGACCACUUGAGUCGACUAGAAUCACUUAAGAUGAGCAGUUUUAAAGGAUAUGAGUUUGAAUUCCCAUUGAAUUUGAGAAAGUUGACUCUCUCAAAUAAUGGUCAGCCAUGGAGUAAAAUUUCAGCAAUUGGAAAGCUGCCCAGCCUUGAAGUCCUUAAAUUAUGCUGUGAUUCCUUUGUGGGGGAAAAGUGGGAGAUGAAAGAAGGGGAGUUCCAAAACCUCCGAUUCUUGGAAUUGUCAGAGUUGGACUUUCGAUGGUGGACCGCCUCUUCUGAUAAUUUUUGCUGUCUUGAGAAACUGGUUUUGAGUUCUUGUGAAUCGCUGGAAGAGGUCCCUUCUUGUUUAGGGGAAGCCCUCACUCUUGACAUGAUUGAGCUCGGAGGCUGCCGUGCGUCUGUUGUGACUUCUGUGAAGCAAAUUCAACACCAACAGAUGGAUAUGGGAAAUAAUGAUCUAAAAUUAAUGAAAGAUGGGCGCUCUGGUCGGUUUCGGUCUCAGAAAGAGUUGGCCCGUCUCAGAAGCAAAAUAAGGAUCGGAUUAUCAGCCUACACAAGUGCUCUUCGUUUUAUAGAGACUAGCAAGAUGAUACCGUGCGCAAGCACGGUGAGAAAUUAAAGUGAUGCCCAAUAUGAGGUGAUUUGCAUGCAAUGUAUGGUUGUAUUUGUUAUUUUGUUUAAUGAAUGAAAUUAAGACAUUAUUAAUAAAAAAAAAAUGAAUACGUGAGGUGGCUGCAUAAGAAAAGAUAUUGAAAUGUACGUGUGUGGUUUGUGCUAUGAAUGAGUAGGAAGUUAAUAAAUUCAAUGAGGAAAAAACAUGUAGUUUUAUUUUUCUUUUAUAAUAAUGCAGGAAAACAUGGUGAGUAAAAAGAAGUAGAAAGUUGUUAAGAAUAUUCAUUUUAGAUAGUUUUUUUGUAAAGUGGUAUAAAAUGUAAUAGAUGAAAAAAAUUUUGCUGGAAACAUAUUUUGGCGGAUGCAUAUUUGUUUAA